CCCCAGCAUAGGUACGUAAGAGGAGCUGCACUCAGGCAACUACCCCAAACGCAGUGCUCUGGUUACCCCCGGGCCACUGUUUGCGUCUACUUACCUGUCUUUAUGUGUCACAUAAGAGGUGAAGUGCAGCACUGAGGAGAGGCAGAGAAAGGUGGGAUUAUAUACAUGGCAGGUUAAAGGCGCAGACAGGGAGGAAGGAGGACAGGAUGGGAGGAAAAAGCGACAGGGAGAGGCUUAAGAUUACAGAGGAGAGCUUCCCCUUUCUUGCCCAGUUCGGUUGUGAUGCCUGAUAGUUAAUGUUCAUGUUCAUGUUCAGAGUCUCUUGUAAAACCUCCAGGAUGUUCUUCCACCACUGAUCAAACUCUCGCCUGAGAAUCGAGGAACCCCCAGACUUGAAGGAAGGUGACGCAGAAGUGACAUCCAAGGACUGGUGGGCAAACAAGAAUCCCAGAGAAAUCUAAUCUGGACAUGGGACCAAGAGAUUGAGUCCCAGCAAGGCAAACAAGAGCAGGUGUGAGGCCGGACAAGUGUUCAACAGGAGAGCAGAGAGAGAGAGAGAGAGGGGAAGUGGCAGAUGGUGGACAAACAAAAUUAGCAGCCAGUGCGAGAGCCUGUACCGAACAACUGAAGAGAGAUCAAGGUCGCUCCUUCUAACCUCAUUAAAAGAGAGGUGCGUAGUCGUUGGAGGUUGAUCUAGGAGACCCGAUCAACAGAAGAGACGGAGAGAGAAGGGAGAGAAGGGAGAGAAGGGAGGGGAGAGGAAGAAUUACAAGAGGGCGCAUGUUGAAAGAAGCCUCUUAAGUCUGGGAGCAGGAAUUAGAGCCACAGAAACGACAGAGGGGAAGCCACAAAACCACAGUGAAGAUGCCGGCCAACGGGAAUCGUCCUCUGAAGCUGCAGUUUGGUCUCAUCAACCACGAGGGUCGUUACCUCACAGCCGAGGCCUUUGGCUUCAAGGUGAACGCGUCUGCUGUCAGCCUGAAGAAGAAGCAGAUUUGGACUCUGGAGCACGACUCCCAGGACUCCCAGGUCAUCUACCUGCGCAGCCACCUGGGCCGCUACCUGGCCUCCGACAAGGACGGCAAGGUCACGUGUGAGGCUGACGGCCACAACUCCGACUGCCGCUUCCUCAUCGUGGCUCAGUCGGACGGCCGCUGGGCGCUGCAGUCUGAGCAGCACCUCCGCUUCUUCGGCGGCUCGCGGGACUACCUGUCCUGCUUCGCCCAGGUCAUCACAGACGGCGAGCUGUGGGCCAUGCACCUGGCGCUGCACCCGCAGGCCAACAUGCUGUCCGUGGCCCGCAAGCGGUACGCCCACUUGUCCUCAGAGGACGGGGAGAUUGCCGUGGACAUGAACAUUCCCUGGGGGGUGGCGGCGCUCCUCACUCUCGUCUACCUGGAUGGGAAGUACUGCCUGAAAACCUGCGACGGCCGCUUCCUCGGCAACGACGGGAAGCUGUUGACGCAGAGCGGCAGGUCCACGGCAUACAGGCUGGAGCUGAAGUGCGGGAAGUUGGCCUUUAAAGACUGUGAGGGGAAGUAUUUGUCUCCCAUGGGGCCCACGGGAACACUGAGGUCAGGACGCUGCUCCAAGCCGGGCAAAGAUGAACUGUUUGACCUGGAGGAGAGUCACCCGCAGGUGGUUCUGAUGGCGGCUAAUGGGCGAUACGUCUCCAUACGACAAGGGGUCAGCCUCGCGGCCAAUCAGGAAGAUGAGACGGACAUGGAGACGUUCCAAAUGGAGAUUGACAAGGAGAGCAGGAAGUGCACUUUCCGAACCAGCCAGGGGAAUUACUGGGCACUGGUGGCUCACGGAGGAAUCCAGAGCACGGCCACGGAAGUGUCAGCAAACACUAUGUUUGCAGUGGAGUGGCUCGGCCACAAGGUGGCGUUAAAAGCCAACAAUGGAAAAUACAUCUGCACCAAGAAGAAUGGACAACUGCUGGCUGUUAGUGACUCCGUAGGUGAGGACGAGCUGCUGACCCUGAAACUGAUCAACCGGCCCAUGUUGAUCCUGAGAGGAGAGAACGGCUUCAUCUGCCACCACAAGAACUCCAACACGCUGGACGCCAGCAGAUCGGUCUACGACAUCUUCACCCUGCAGUUCAGCAACGGCGCAUACCACAUCAAAGGGGUCACCGGUCACUUCUGGUACGUGAACAGCGCCGGGCUGGUGUGCGCGGACGGGGAGGCCCCGGAGGAUUUUGCGAUCGAGCUGCUCGAGCACGGUCGCCUCGCUAUACGCGGGAAGAGCGGCAAAUAUCUGCGAGGAGACCAGGGAGGGACGCUGAAGGGGGACGGACUCAGCCUGAGCGGCUCGGCUCUGUGGGAAUAUUAG